CCACUUUUCCUAGCCGUAUUUCGCAGCGGCCUUUGGCUUUCGCCAGAGGCUGCGGACGGCAAAGAUAACAAGCCGAGCCUACGGAGUUUGCUACAAACUAUGCCUACAAAACGAGCCAAGAAAACAGCCCAAAGACCGUUAUUGUCCACUCCGUCCUGCUGUACUGUACACCUGAUGACAUCAAUCCUACUUCUUUUCAGACGCGAGGGUGGAGAAAGCCGACCAACAGAACGCACGGUCUAUCGAACGACCAACACCUGUGCUGGAUUGGUCGCCUGACUGCGUCAUGGUACGGCGAUUGGUUCGCACCAACGCAGAAGGGGCUGGGAAAGUGGGUUUCUACCCCGGACAUGCCCGGAAAUUUUCCAAAUCAACCAAACCCUUAUUUCGCUACCAAGCUGUCGGUACGCAUCACAGAGCAACGCAGGGGUUGUCAAUUACAAAGCAAUUUUCCCCCAUAUUCAUAAAGCCCUCAUUUCGCUACCGACCGGUCGGUACUGCUCCUGGAGUGAAACGGAGAAGAACAGUCACCAACGCACAAGACUGAUCACACAGGAUAUGGAAUCGCGGCUAGGAUCAGUCUGGUCAGCAUCCGUACGAUCCUUGCUGACGUCAAUAGAAAGCUCAAAUCACUUGGAUCGUUCCAGCAAAGCUUGCAGUCUUGGUCUGUACUGUACCCUCCCUUGUCUUGUUUGCUCUGCUCCUGCUGCGAAGAUGCUCCGACGAGUGUGGACCUAGACCACAAGGAGCAUUUGUUCCAUAGCACCGGUACACAAUGAACGCGACGAAGUAGCAGCAUUUCUGGGGAAUGCUCAAGUAUUUAAACCAAAGACAACCUGCGCAGCUUGGUUGGACUGUUCUCAUUACCAUCACAUAAUCUCUUCUUUUACUUGAGACCAUGAACAAUUCGUAUGGUUGGCCUCUUCCGCCGGCAAACACGGACAACCCCGUUCUUUCGCCAAACAGUCAUUCCCACUAUGGGAAUUCUACGCACGGGCCUGGCUCCGAAAUCGCUCUUCCGCAUUGCGAUCAGCCUUGUGGUGACCAACUGCAUGACGCCCAAUACCCGCUCGACUAAGUUCUUUCUAGGCAAGGGUCCAGCUCUGAUUCCCUUCUUCCACAACUGGUGCAGUCUUAUGGCGGGCGACGGGACCAGGAAGCUCCUCAUAAUCAUGGGCUCCAUUCUCCGGCCGAAAACUGCUCGGCCCAACCAAGCCAGACUCCUCGAGGUCAAUAUCGAUACGCUGCGAGGACUGCCACGUGGGCCGCAUCAGAAUCGACUCGAUCCGAACGCCCUCCACCAGUAUCCACAGGCGGCAAUCUCCGUCCAGUACUUGUUGCAGGAGAGUAUAAAAAUGGCCGUUUUGCUGAUCACCCCACUCUUGCAGACCGCUCGGGCUAAGUUCCGCAGAUCACGAAAUGUUGUGGUCGCCGAUAAAUCGCAGUUCUGCGCCCUCUCGAUAAGUAGGCUGCUCAGGACUCGGCGGGUGAGCAGCCCGCGGGCGGCGCGGCGGCACUUCUGUGGCGGUGGGUGGCGGUGGGUGGUGAUAUCAAGUCUACUGCGUGGACAGUUUAGUAGUCGCGUCUGCAGCUGCACUCGUGGUGAUGCCGCUCAUCAAAGCGGUCGCCAUCAAGAGGUGACCGCCGGCGGUUUUGUGCGAUGA